CCAGAAGUCUACGAGGGAACAGAUUCCAUCCUGGAUCGACCAAGAGAGACACCCAGCAGUGGCUUUAUUCAAGAGCACGUUCCCAGUGCUGUACCAGACUCUGUGCCUGAGUGAUGGAGACCUGUGGCUCACCUUCUCACGCAGCUCAUGCUGUGAACAGGACUUCCCCAACACCGUCGCUAAGAAGAUCUCUCUCUUCCAGCAGGUGCUGGUGGUUCAGGCCCUCAGACCAGACAGACUGCAGAGCGCAAUGGCAGCUUUCGCCUCUCAAGCUCUCGGUAUGAGGGAGCUCUCUCCCCCUCCUCUGAAUCUGAAGCGCCUGUACGCGGAGACGCUGGAGAUCGAGCCGGUCCUCAUCAUCAUCUCUCCCGGCGCCGACCCGUCCCAGGAGCUGCUGGAGCUGGCCAGCGAGACCGUGGGCCGUGAGAACUACCAUGAGGUGGCCAUGGGCCAGGGCCAGGCAGACCUUGCUCUUGCGACCCUGAGGGAGUGUGCCCGCAGUGGGGAGUGGCUCUGCCUCAAGAACCUGCACCUGGUCACCGCCUGGCUGCCCCUGCUGGAGAAGGAGAUGAAUGCCAUGCAGCCCAAGGCAGGCUUUCGUCUUUGGCUGACGGCCGAGGUGCACCCCAAGUUCACCCCCAUCCUGUUGCAGUCGAGCCUCAAAAUCACCUACGAGGCUCCUCCCGGGCUGAAGAAGAACCUGCUGCGGACGUACGAGUCCUGGAGCGCUGAGCAGGUCAGUAAGGGCGGCCAGCUGACCCGCGCGCAGGCCCUCUUCUGCCUGGCCUGGUUCCACGCCGUCUGCCAGGAGAGACGCAACUACAUCCCACAGGGCUGGACAAAGUUCUACGAGUUCUCUCUGUCAGAUCUGCGGGCGGGCUUCGACAUCAUCGACAGGCUAUUUGAAGGUGGUAAGGCGUUCCAGUGGGAGUUUGUGCACGGGCUGCUGGAGAACGCCAUCUACGGCGGGCGCAUGGACAGCCUGUGUGACCUGCGCGUGCUGCGCUCCUACCUGCUGCAGUUCUUCAGCGCGCGCCUGCUCAGCCCCACACACAGCCGCGCACGCAAGAGCAGCCCCUUCCCCACGCAGAUCAGCCUGCCCAGCUCCUGCAGCGUGCUGGACUAUCGCGGCAUGAUUGAGAACCUUCCAGAAGACGACCGGCCUGCUUUCUUUGGUCUACCUGCCAACAUUGAGCGCUCCUCCCAACGCAUCAUUAGCUCACAGGUGAUUUCACAGCUGAGGAUCCUCAGCAGGUCGGUGGCGGCCGGCUCCAAGUUUGACAGGGAGGUCUGGUCCAGUGGCCUCUCGCCCGUCCUCAACCUGUGGAAGAAACUCAACCAGGGUUCGUCUCUGAUCCACCAGAAGGUGUCCCCCCCCAGUGAGAGCCAAGGCUCCCCCAUCCUCUCCUUCAUCGUGCUGGAGCAGUUCAACGGCAUCCGCCUGGUCCAGAGCAUCCACCAGUCGCUGGCCGCCGUCAGCAAGGUCAUCCGCGGCACCUCCCUGCUCACCGCCGACGUCCACAAGCUGGCCACCGCGCUCCUUAAUCAGGAGUGUCCUCUGAGCUGGCAGAACAAGUGGGAGGGGCCUGAAGACCCAAUGCAAUACCUGAGGGCCGUGGUGGCACGGGCACUGGCCAUACAGAGUUGGGUAGAAAAGGCCGAGAAGCAGAGUCUGCUGACAGACACGCUGGAUCUGUCUGAGCUCUUCCACCCAGACACCUUCCUCAAUGCUCUCAGACAGGAAACAGCAAGGUCCAGGGGCUGCUCGAUGGACAGUCUGAAGUUUGUUGCCUCUUGGAGGAGCUCCAUUUCAGCGGCCACUCUCCAAGUGAAGGUCGGAGGCCUGAAGCUGGAGGGCUGUAGCUUUGACGGAAACCGUCUGUCAGAGAACCAGCACGACUCCCCCAGCGUGUCCGCCGUGCCUUCCUGCUACAUGGCCUGGAUUCCACAGAGUGCGGCGGGCAGCUACGGCCCAGAAGAGUGCAUCUCGCUGCCCGUGUACACCAGCGCCGAGCGCGUGCGCGUGGUCACCAACAUCGACGUGCCGUGCGGCGGGAGCCCUGACCAGUGGAUCCAGUGUGGCGCUGCCCUCUUCCUCACGCAGCAGUGACCAUCUAUGCGUGUGUGUGUGUGUGUGUGUGUGUGUGUGUGUGUCUGUGUGUCUGUGAAAGAGACGGAGAGACCAAAGCAAGUGAAUAAUAGACAGCAUCCUCACACAGCAGUGACGAUCUAUAUGUGUUUGUGUGUGUGUGUGUGUGUGUGUGUGUGAGUGAAAGAGAGAGAUGGAGAGACCAAAGCGAGUGGAGAACAUACCAGCAAAUGUCCUCAUUCAUCCUCAGUGCUGUUGUGUAUCCAGCAGUGAACACUUAAUCAAUUAUUUUCAUAAGCAGAGGAAGCAUUACUUUUGUAUGUGUUCUAUAUGUGAUGUCAGACAGAUUGUAUGUAGCACAUUCCAUACGCUUCAGUACGUACAGAUACAUGAAAUACUUUUGGAUGGAUUUCAGUGUGGUGUAUUUAUGACCCUGUGGA